AUGGAGUACAGGCUAAUCACUUACCAUGUUAACAUCGGUGUUGGAGAUGCGACAAUAAUUGUCAAGGUCGGGUCUUAUGGAAAAGCAGAAAAAUACAUCCUGGUGGAUGGCGGCCUCGACCACGCCGAGCCAAGAGCGAGGAAAAACAUAUACACAGCAAUGGAUGAAAUCUUCAAAAUUCACGGCUCAGUUCAGGGUAACGAGACACAUCUGAUGUUCCACUUGGUUGUGAUUACUCACUGGGAUAGAGACCAUUGGGGAGGAAUUGGGUCUCUAAUUCAACAACAUCAGGAAGAAAUGAAAAAACUUGGUCCCCAACAAGACUUCAAGCGCAUGCCGUUUCGUUUCAUUAACAAUGUCCCCGCAACAGAGAUGAUCGCUCCAAGGGAACCUAUUGAUGCCGAGGACGAUGCUUUCGGUUUUUGGGGGUUUUUAGCUAACCCUAACAACCCUAACAAUCCGAACGAAAUGUUUGUAUCCUAUACGCAUUCCGAUGGUCAAAUGUACCAGAACAUUCUAAAAGGCACAAUGGGCUAUUUGAACAUUAUUGGUUGGAACAUUUGCGAUGAUGGUUCACCCGUCGGCUUUAACGAUGCUACACGGGCAGCACAAAAUACUCCUGCUCAUCUCCUAGAAACCCAUAAGGUUAAUAGAGGUCUCUUUGUAGUGGGGUGCGACCAAUACAUUCUCGGGAGUCCCCUGCGCAUAUCAGGGAAAAAUGACAAAAACUCCACGUCAAUAGCCUUGAUGUGGAUUGUUAAACAUGGGGAGGGGACACACUUCGACAUAAAAAUCCCAUUUUACACUGCCGGGGAUCUCAACGGUGGGGCAGAAGUGCAGUUAGCAGAGUGGGCUAUGGGGGACCCUACCCAAGCCCCGCUACCUUCUACUGUGAAUACAUACACUAGAUGCAAAAGUAUCGAUACUAUAAAGGCUAGUCACCAUGGCUCAAAAGGUUCGACUUUUCCUGAAUUCCUCGACAUCGCGAAGCCCGAGAGCAUCAUAUUUUCUUCCGGGGUAUCAUAUGGCCAUCCAAGUUGGGAGCUUCUUUUCAUGCUGCACAGCUACUUCAGCGUAAAAAAAUAUCAACAUCCCAGCUCCCCAAAACCCAUUCAUGCGGUGUGUUUCCCAUAUUGGAUACAAAGAAAGGUAAAGGAUGGACGGUUUGAAAUCCCAAAGGGGCCGGGUUCAUACUUGAACUACUUUACUGAUAAAUAUUAUAACUUCCCCUACGAAAAACCCGAAUUUACACAUUACCAUCAAAGACUAGCAGAUUACUAUACGCAACUAAACAAUUUGCUCGGAACUCGGGCACGAACAGCAGAUCUAGUGCAGCAAUUCGUGGCUUAUGUGAAGACACAAUUUGGCUUGGGAAAGCUCAUAGACCCAAGUGCAGAGAAUUGGGUUGGCAAAGCAUCUGAGCUGAUGUGGAACGAUUUGUCCGACGUUUCUGCGAGCUUCCAUGCAAUACCGGGUGCAGGCAAGUGGAUUGUUGACGGUUCACAACAAAACUCUGAUGGGAUGAUAGAAAUGAUUCAGGUCACUCACGUCUCAAACUCUGACGAUAAUCCAUCAGCAUUCAAGUAUAUUACACAGGGUGCAGCUGCGGUUAACAGUAAAUAUUGGCUUGGACACUAUUAUCGUAACCCCUUUACGAUUGCUCCUCCUCAUAUAUUCAUGAUGAUGGCCGCGGGAACGGGGACACAGCUACCGGACACCAGGAAUACAACUAUUAAUGAGGAAGAUGUUCCUAUCGUUACGAAUCCUGAUGGCUCUGAGAUCUGGUAUGGAAGAAACUUUCGGUCACUAACACCGGUAUAUCUAGGGGGCGAUCAGUUGAAUAACCAGAGAUUAGGCUCAGGAGUACCCAUGAUUCCUGAUAACCUUAUCUCGACUUAUCCCGGUGGCAACCCUGACGAAAUGGAUUCGGAAAUUUCCUCAGCAACAGGCGAUGCCAUCUUAGUUGCUCCCCCGGGUAUUGCGGAUGAGUACAGGGUGUGUACUCCCCUCCCUACCAAUGGCUUUUUCUGUUUGAGUACAGCCCUGGAUCCGCCUCAAGGCUCUUCAAAUUUAAAGGCCCUGCAGUCUGGACCCCUUGACACCUUUGUUACAUGCAUUGAAACUGGACUAUUGGCUUUCAGUGAAGACACUCUGCAAGCAUCCACGCAGAUGGGUCUAGCAGAGUUUGACGAACUCGCUAAAUGGUUCAAAUUGUCCUACUGGGCAGACCCUCCAAUUUUUACGUUGGACGGAAAUCAGGAGUUUAUCUCUGUAGCAGUUCGAACAAGGGAUGUUUUCGACCUCUAUUUCAGCACGGAUCCUACAAGUCUAUCUUCAAGUUUCGAUAUGACACCAAUAACCGAAAACCCGACGCUACCAGACUUUAUAUACGCCCCUGGGAUUAUGGCCAACGAGAAUAUUAUGGUCUUUGGCCUUGAUUUGACAAAAACCAAACCAAUAGUCACCUCCCUUGGUGAGGUUAUCGAAUACUCCAAUUUAACAAAAAUUCUGGGACCAGUACUCAAAGAUAUACUAAAAGUUAUACCUUUGCAGCUUGAUCUAGCAGCUAUUCCCGAGCCCGGGGACGAGACCCCUGGCACGUUGGCCAAAGGUGGAGCUAGAAAUGCAUUAUGGUUCAUGCCAGGAGAACACUAUAAAACUGUACUGCGUCUUCAAUUCUCCUACGCAAAGGGAAACUCGCUAGUUGAUAGCCUGGGUGCAUUGAAGAACUAUCUCCCUAUCAAAAACUUUGAUAUCAAUAACUUGAGGAUUGUGUCGAAGAAAACGGCUAGUCUUACCGUAGGACCAAAAGCGAGACGUUCGGUACUCGAAUCGCGGCUGGAUUUCGUGCUGUCUUGCAAGAUCCUCGAUACCUAUCUAAAUGCAACAUUAAGUCUUCAACCAACCGUUAUCGAGCUGAAUAUACUAUUCAAAGAGGGAAAUAUUUUGAAAGAUAUCAUAGACUGGGUUGUAGGAGCUCUGUCUAUAGAUUCAAAAGAGAUAAAUUUGGACGAAUUGCUUAAAGACGAGAAUGUCGCAAACAAUGUGCAAUUUCCUUCUUUGCGACAACUUUCUUUGGUUUUUGCCGUAGACCCGAGUACUGGAGAGAUAUCAGGCAUCCAGUCGGUAAGAUUUGACUUGGAGAUUCAAACACAGUUGGGCGCACCCAAAUUCGAUUCACCCUCGGACAAACCGAAAUAUCUCGCUUUUUUGGUGACAUAUACUUGGUCUGCUCUGUCCAAGAGCCUCUUGCGCGGGAGUCUUUGGUUUAAACCCCGACCAGCUCUGACAAAUAUGGCCUGGGCGCCGCUUUACGAAACAUAUCAUGAUCUCCAACCUUCCGCCGGCGAACAAGCCUUACAGUCACUGGACCUCAGAACAAUCAUCCCGGGUGGCAUUGUUGAUUCCAUCCCGGAGGGUCUUCCUACAAUAGUCACACAGGCAGGGAUUGAAAUUACAACAUCAAGCAUAGAAUUCAUGGGGGAAAUUGUGUCUGAAAAACUAGAACAGACGGAUAGCCCCAAAUUUCAGCUAGGUAAAGUCUUUUUAAACUUUAGCUACGACUGGAAACAAAAGCAACCAUCACUAGUCCUGGAGGUUUUAGCAGGAUUCUUCCCUCCCAAGACUGCAAAAAUACAAAAACCAUCGCAGUUAUACGGUAGCAUCGAGUACAACGCCUCUGGUUGGCUCCUUAAAGGCUCGGCUGCCAAUUUGAAUAUUGGUAAUUUAUAUAGUCUAUUCGACGCCGACUGUCAAGAUGGCGUAAUGGAUGUGAUGGAAAAGAUUACUCUGAGGAGAAUCAAUUUGGUAUACCAAUACACGGGAAAAGGAAAAAGUUCGAUGAGUCAGUUCUCCAUUGAUGGGCAGAUUGUUUUUGGUCCGUGCAUCCUCAAGCUUGACUAUAAAUAUAACCCCGGGGGAGUCAAGGGAUGGGAUUUUAUGGCCACAUUUGAUGUCCAGCACAAUUCCAAAAUCAAUACGACUGUUGGUGACAUGAUCCAGAGUAUCAUGCAUUCGGACGACGAAGACGACCUCCUACCACCUUUCCUUUCGGAAAUUCCAAUAAAAUUAGAUGGGAAUGUCACUCAGGACCUCAUUGGACUAAACCUUAAGAAGGUUCCUUCCCAAGCUGACGAUCCUGGUAGUUUAUGUUUUGUUGCCCAUAUAACAAUUCACCCGAUCCAAUUAGUGUUUACCCAAAUUCGGGCAAUCACUCCUAAGGGAAUACCCGCGGGAACUAAAAGGAUCAUUAAAAUCGCGGCUACCGCUCUGCCAGAGGUAACAGUUCCAAUGAUAGGCAAUCUUACUCAACCAUUUGAUGAGAUGUUCUUCUUGUGGGUGCAAGACACAUCACCAGAAGGAAAGGGAGCGGAUAUCGGGAAGCCUAAGGGCGUAACUUUUGGAGAAAUCCAAAAAAUCAAUUCAACUUUGCAAGGACUCAAUUUACAUCAGAUGAUGUUUAAAUCGGAUAAGAAACCGAAUUCGGGCGGUAGCCUAGAUCCUUCCACGAUUGUGUUGGAGUCUGGAUGGCAUUUUAUCUUGGUGGUGAAAAAUAUGAAAGGAGAAUCGGAAGUUCUCAUGGACUAUGUCUUCGGGAAGAAGGAGAAACCAGGGAAAAAUCCAAAACCUCCUGGCCCUUCUCCACCCCCCGGCCCUAAUCCUACUCCCGGUCCUAAAGCUUUACCAGCUUCUUCAACAGCCCCCAAGCUUGCGCCUGUUAAAAAAAGCCGAGGGCCGCUAUCCAUCGAAAAUGUCGGGUUCCAAUACAAGGACAAAAAGCUUUCUAUCUUGAUGGAUGCAAAGUUUUUGUUAGGACCUAUAGAAUUUGGUCUACUUGGACUGAAGAUCGGCGUGAAGUUCGGAAAGCGGGAAGAUGGUACUAAGGUAAACCUGUUAGACAUUCGACUUGAAGACCUAGAGCCCUCUAUUAGCGGACUAGCUAUCGCAUUCGAUAGGCCACCGGUCAUUGUCGCUGGGCUUUUCGAGAAGACUUACGAUGAAACUACAAAAACGACAAUAUACGCGGGUGGUGUUAUAGUGAAGUUUGAGCCGUGGAUGUUCCAGGCGGCAGGCUUCUUUGGCAAGCGUGAGGAUGCGGAUGGUUUCACAAGCGUGUUCAUAUUCCUGAAGCUUAACGGUCCCUUGAUAUCUUUCGGUUUUGCGGAUAUAUCAGGUAUAACCGGUGGGUUUGGCUACAACGUCGAUUUAAGGUGGCCAGAUGUUUCAGAAGUCAAAGAUUUCCCAUUCGUGGGAACCAGAGCUAUAGAAUCACCGCUUAACACCCUCCGAUCCUUAACCAAAACAGGUCCGACAGGAUGGGUCAAUAUGAAGGACGGUUCGAUGUGGCUAGCAGCCGGUCUUACUGUUAGCGCUUUCCAAGUCCUCUCUGUUGACGCGGUACUCGUCGUCCAAUGGGCUCCAACAGUUCGAAUUGGCCUGUUCGCCGUAGCCACCUGCGACGUACCAAACACCAAAGCUUCGGUCAAGUUUGCACAUAUCGAGUUGGGCAUCAAAGCUUCAAUUGAUCCACAGGCAGGAGCUUUCAAGUGCGAAGCUCAACUUUCCCCCAACUCUUACAUUCUCCACCCAGACUGCCAUCUCACGGGUGGGUUCGCCUUAUGCUACUGGUGGAAGCCACAAGUCGGGCAGCUUGAAGAACCCAGAGACGGCAUCGAAGGUGACUGGGUUUUCACAGUAGGAGGCUACCAUGCCGCAUUUAAUCCUCCUGCACAUUAUCCACGACCCGACAGACUGAGGAUUAGUUGGGCAUGGGGCAGCUGUAUCUCAAUAAGCGGGGAGGCUUACUUUGCGGUAACCCCCAAAGUUUGUAUGGGUGGAGGGCGACUACACGCUGCUCUAAACGUCGGGCUUCUAAGCGCUUGGUUUGAUGCCUACGUCGACUUCCUCAUAAACUACCAACCUUUCCAUUUCCAGGGCGAUGGAGGCCUUGCUGUCGGUGUUAAAUACACUCUGGACCUGUGGCUUGUAACGCUUCAUAUCAAUGUUGAAAUCAAAGCACAGCUUCACCUCGAGGGCCCGCCAAUGUAUGGAACCGUUCAUGUUGACUUCUGGGUCUUUGGUUUCGAUAUCACGUUUGGUGAUAAAUCUGCGGCGCCGAAGCCAUUGUCUUUGGAGGCGUUCUACCAGAUGGUGUUGCAAACCGGUACUGGUACCGGGACAAGUAUUACAUCGGGUGGGUCAGGUGACCCAGCCCAAGCCCAGAUUCCGCAUCUCUUUUCCUGCAAAAAGGGAGCACUACCAUCUAGUAAAGACGGCAAAAACGUCCCAAAAUCACACGAAAUUUGGCAUGUACGAGGUGGUAUUCUUUCAUUCACAGUUACAAGCCGUUUCGCAUUCAACCGUGUCAAUGUCAACGACAAGAAGUACGACGAUCUAGUUGUCGAAAAUGAUCUUUUCGCGAAGCCCAUGCAAAUCAAGGAAGCUUUAACAUCGACCCUAGAUAUCUAUAUUACACCCUCAAUCCCGGGAAGAACUAUGAAUUCAUUCGAGUGGUACUAUUCCGCUACAGCACAGUCAGUCCCGAAAGGACUUUGGGAUAAAUACGAUGAGAACCAAGACCCCGCUAUCAAAGGUAAUGGGAUUACGGAAUUACUCAACGGAGGGGACGUGCAGAACAAUGUGCCAACGGGAAUAGUCUUCAGCGCACCCGAUCCGAGCAGAUCUGAUGAUGGGAUAUUGAAAUACAACGCCAUAGAAGACAUGAAAGAGCCAGUAUUUGGAUUACAUGACGCCCCACCAUACUUCCCGGAGCCAAAGCCUUCACGCCCGAAUGAAGCGUGGAUACCUGCCCCCGAGGUAACAGGAGAAACUCAAUGGGAUGCUGCUAGCACUGCAUGGAGUAUACCCGAUGCCCCUGUCGCGAACUUAGUCGAUAUCUUUUCGGAUGCUUUAUACUGGAACGCGAAAAAUGACGAUGAACAUAAACCUACGACCAAACAAGAAACGGGAGACGAGCCAACAGUGCCGAAAGAAGAUCCACUUUCCACUGCUCCGCCAGCGAUAUUGAUCCGAGAUUUUAAAACUUUGAUUAUUGCGGCGCCUCUAGUCCUAGCUAUCUAG